AGCAAGAAAAGGUGGCUAGCGGCGAUGUCGUCUCCACUACCGGAACCAACUGAGUAAGGAAGCCUGUGUAUGGAUUGCUAUGAGGAGAUAGAGAACCCUGUUCGACUUUUCGGGUUCCUGUGUUUGUUUUUCUGGUGGAAAGACGAAGCGUUUUCUGGCUCCGCUGUAAUGUCGUAUUUUAAGUUUGUUGUGUUUCUUCCUGUUCUGGGCUGUUUGAUGACGUCACAGGCGGAACUAAACGUUAAUCCUGCUUCUGGCUACGAAAACUACCGCCCAUCUACUCCGAAGUUGUCAGUGCUUAUAUACGAUAAACGAGCGCUGUUCGACCCUCCAGGCCAAUAUGGAAAGGGCCCCUGGGAGAUUUUCACUCAUGGAUACGGACUGAAAUACGGGUUCAAUAAUAAAAAAUUCACUGAGAAGGGUUACGGCUACGUCAAGGCUUUGGGCCGAGAUUUCUGCCGGGAUAAUCCACGUUCAUGUUUCAACUAUUACAACCGCCGACCCUUUACUUUCCGAGGCACCAGGGAGCCCUAUUGGGGGUACCGUCCACGUGGAGGCAUAUUACAUCCUUUGAAGGAAGCUUUGAUUUUGGCUCGAGGAUAUCACCUCAACUAAUUAAUAUGCAAUCUAAUAACUUAUCUUUGUCAACAUUUUCAAACGGACAGGGCAGGAUUAAUGGCUCGAGAUUGUCAAAAUGUUUGAUAACUUUCUGAAAAUUCUAAUUAUUAGAUACGGUAAAGGGGUGUUUUACAAACAACUUGUCAAACACCCCUUAAUCCAAAUUGAUUAUGUAUGUUUUACUCUGUUAAAGAUCAAGUAGUAAACGUGGCUAUUUCAUCCCUUUUAUUAAUCAGUGGCAAUUUGGAGCUUGUAGUAAUCAAUACGUACCUAUAUUGCUGUCAUAAGAAAAACUUAGAGGUAACCAAUUUGAAGAUGAAAAAGUGCUAAUUUCUUUAUCUUAUUCAUCGGUUUAAAUAUAGAGUAACGUAUCUGUUCUUUUUCAAACACUUUGAAUAAACUAAAAGUUAAACCUGAAACACAUGACAUAUUUUACAAGCCUUGAAGAAAUGUUUUGAAGACAACUAGCUCAUUAUCAUUGCAAUAGUUGAAUCUAGAAAUUUAGUUUCACGAAAAGAUAGACUUAUUUCCAUUCCAUAGUUAGGAAAACUGGUAUUCUGAAAUGCGAACACACCUUAUAUAACACAAACUAAUGCGACACACACCUUAUAUGACAUUAAACCAAUACGUGGCAUUAAAAUGGCAGAACUUAUUUGAUUAAGUCUGGCCGCUGUUCAGCCUUCAGCAACUUCAAAUAAUCACAAGAACCCAAAAUGACGAGAUCUUAAGCAUUCUAAAACUCAGAUUAUAUAAAGACUUAAACCAACAGAGUUAAAAACAUACGUUAACACGAUCCAGGUGUAAUGACUAACAUACAACAUAGCUAAACUAAGACUGUAAUGUUUUAACAUCCUCGAAGGCUGCUAAAUUAAGACAAGCGCUGCUCAUAGGUUGUCUCAGUUCUUGUUGAGGCUACUAUAUUAAGCCAAGCAGUGUAUAAAAAUAGUUUUAAUAUUUUUUAAAGGCUGCUACAAUAAGACAAACACUGUAUAAAAAUAAUCUUAUUAUUUUUAAAGGCUGCUACAAUAAGACAAACACUGUAUAAAAAUACUUUUAAUAUUUUUUAAAGGCUGCUACAAUAAGACAAACACUGUAUAAAAAUACUCUUAAUAUUUUUUAAAGGAUGCUACAAUAAGACAAACACUGUUCAAAAAUAGUAUCAACACUCUCUAAAGGCUGCUACGUUAAGACAAGCACUAUCUAAACGUUGUUUCAAUACUCUUUGAAGGUUACUACAUUUAGAUAGGCACUGUCUGAAAAUAUCGUUUGAAUUAUCGUUAAGGAUGCUAAUUUAAGAUGUCUGAUUUUUUUCUCUCGUUAAGACCAAAACAAAAGCUUAACACAAAGACUGAGUACGACUCAUUGAAUAUUUUAAAUAAAUAUUCUUCAGAGUUUGAAGAGAAGUUUUUGGUUCCCACUUGUGGUGGAAAAACUCGUACCUUAUUAAUGUUCUGAACCCCAAGUUCUCAUGAUUCGUAGUAUACUUAAUUGUUAUUAUUUUUCUCGGAAUUGAAUAAAGAGCAUAGCAUAUAUAUAUGUAUAUAUAAGACAGGGCUUGAGUUGUGCAAAGUUAUCAAGUGGAACUCAGUUUCACAGCCCCUAUGAGGCAGGGGUCCGGGGCCGCCAUAACUUAUGCUAUAUAAAUUGAAUUUUUGCAUACAUUGUAUCCUGGAUUUGUUUAUAAUACAUACCUUUCCAAAGGCUUUUGACGUUUCGAAAUGUGUGCAUAAAAGCAACGACAGUCUCUUAUUUCGAUUAUUUGAUGACGUCACAAUGUAUGUUGACACAGAAAAGUAACUCAAAUGAAGAAGAAUGACAUGUCGCAAAGUAGGCCUAUAAUGAAGUAGGCCUACAUAAACGAUAUAAAUUGGUAAGAUUGUGAUAACUUAUCUUUAACUUUAUGUAUGUCCUUGGACAUUCUACAACAGGAACGUUUUCAUAAAAAUUUCUAACAACAGGAGCGUUUUCACAAAAAUUUCUCAGAACAGGAACGGUGCUCCGGUUUGCUCCCCUUCAACUCAAGCCCUGAUAUUACGUCUAUUAUAUUAUCAAUGAGUUCAGUGUUAAGUGCCGCAGACUUAAUUGUAAUGAUUAAAUUGCCAUACGUAUAAGUAACCCCACAGUGCGUUUUUCAUUUAUAGUUAUUAUGCAUUAAUUGAAGGAAAUUAAACUAGAAUAUAAUACCAUGUUGUUUUUUAACCUUGUUUAGAUUUAAAGCCUUCAAGAUCUUGUUUUCAACAUUCUCGCCACAGAAGUUUUAUAUUCUCUACUUCUAUUUCUGUUUGAUGCUUGUUGUGUGAAUAAAGAAUUAUUUGUUACUUAUAA